CAAAAUUAUAUUUGUCUAUCUCUAACACUUAUGUGACUAAUUAUUUUGUUACAUUAGUUUUAAUAAUUUAAUAGUUAAUUUAAUAAAGAAAACAAAUGUUUGAUUCUAUUUUUACUUAAAAUGUGCUAUAUAAUAUAUUUUAUUUAUGUUUUUACAUGAAAUAUUAUAUGUAAAUGUGUAAAUAGCUAGGUACCUUGACAACAAAAACUAAUUAUUUUAUUUGUAGACAUUGUAAAUAACCAAUAUUAUUUUUAUUUACGUACAUUACAUUAUCUUUUCAUUUUAAAUUUAAUUUAAAACAAAUAACAGGAAAAAAAUGUUCAAUAAUUUAGGAAAAAUAACAAAUAAAGGUAAAAAAACAAAUAGAAAAACUACAAAUAUGAAAAGUCGAAAUUCAAUGUUAAAAUCGGUAUCCAGUGAGCUAUUGUCUUACAUGAUAAGUAAAGAAAACUGCGGAAUUAGUUUGUAUACACAUAUUCAAACAUUAUUAGAUAUGUUUAUAUUUCAAAAUCCUAUACAGCCACUAACAUAUUUUGAAUACUACAGUGAAAAUAUUAAGAUGUUAUAUCAGAAAUCACAACCGAAUCCUGAUUUGAAUUUUUUUAAUAACAUUGACAUUGACAUCUAUAACAAAAUAAUAGAAAUAUAUAAAGAUACCAUAUUUAAUGUCAGAGAAUACAAAACAAGUAGUAUAUCCUAUGGGUAUGAAGCCGAAGCAGAAUAUGAUGAUACGCAAUAUGACGAAGAAGUAGAUGAGAUUAACGUACAAAACUUAUCAAAAAUUAAUUACAUGUUUAAUAAGGCAGGGUGUGGCAUAACAAAUGAUGAAGCUCACCUUAUUGGAAUUACUAUGGACCAAAUGUCACAACUCCAAAAAUUUAAAAGUAUUAGAUAUUGGGGUAAAAUAAUAGGCUUAAAACGUAACUAUUAUAUUUUAGAAUGUGAAUGGAAAAAUAAAGAAUUGGAAUAUAAACUGAGACUCUUAAAUUUUGUUUUUAAUACUAACAAAAAUAAAGUACCACAUGAUUAUGAUAAUGAAAACGAAAACGAAAAUCAAGAAGAAGUAGAAUUAGAAAAAUAUAUAUUAUCUGAAGAAGAAAAUGAAUUUUUUUCCAAAACUACAUUAUCUUCUCAAAUUCGCAAAGAUAUUAACGACGAAUCCGAUGAGUUUUUAUUCGAUUCUCUGAAAUCGGAAGUAUGUUCCUUUCAACCCGUAGAACGCGAUGAUGAUGAUGAUGAUUAUUUAUCCCAUGAAAUAUUUGGUUUCGGAGCUAAUAAAAAGUCAUAUUUUGUAACAAAUCAAUUAAACGAUUCAUGGAUCGAACUGCCUCUUCUCAAGCCUCAUCAUAUUAUUCAAUCGCGGAAUAUCAAACGAUACUUUACAGGAAAUUUGGAGUCGCCUGUUGAAUCUUAUCCAUUAUUCCAAGGUUUGGAAAAACAUUAUCUCAGAGCUCAAAUUGCAAGAAUAACAGCUGCAACUCAAAUAUCACCACGUGAUUAUUUUGUACUUAACUACAAUUCAAAUUUAUAUAAAUGGAGGAAAUUAAACACUUUCCAAUCGAAAGCUAUGUCGCACAAAUGGGUCCACGAGUAUGUAGCAAACGCAGAUUACACUCCUUUAUCGGUAUACGAUUUACUUGAACCGAGCAAUUGGGUACAUCACACUCCCUUGAUAUCGGAAAAAGGAGUGACCAAGGCGUGGAACAAUAUUAUAGAGUCCGAAGGAGACUUACAACAAAACUCGGAGAGGAUCGAACAUGAUUGCAAGGUUAAGAUAAACUUAGAAAUCGGAAGAGGAGACGGUGAUCAUUUAGAUAUAUUUGGAGACCUGUCAAACGACGCUUAUGUGGGUGAAAUGCCGCCAUGGAAAUUUGAAUUAACUAAUCAAUUUGACCACACGAUCACUUACACGACCAUCCGGUCCAAUCUUUGGCCCGGAGCGCAUGCAGUUGCACGUGAAAAUCUUUUGGAUUACACAUAUCACGGUUGGGGCCUCAAAUGGAACGCCUAUAGUUUUACGGUUCAGCCGUUGAGUGGAUAUCAGCGGUCCGAUUCCUAUAAAGACGAUCCAAGCAUAAUUACUGAGAUUAAAGACCCGACUCGCGAGGACGAACUGUUGUAUUUCGCAAUAGUUAACAAAAGGAAAGAAGAUCAAGCUCGUAUGAAAAUCGGCGUUCUGCAGCCGUUUAAUGCAGCAGACGAGGACGAAGAAAGAAUCCUCAAUCAACACGACUACGACGAUUGAUGCCGGUAACGUGUGUCGUUGCUAUAUUUGUAACACUUUUAUGUUAUAUUAUUUUAUUUUAUACAUUAUCCGCGUACAAUGUUACACAAUAUAUAGUAUCUACCUAGUAAAUAGUUAUCUACUUAUAAUAUCUACCAUGUAUAAUUAUGCUCUUGAGUCUUGGUUCUUCUAUAUAUUUGUUUUACUAAUUAUACUAAUUAUAGUCCUGUAUGCAACCUUCUAUCGUAUAGUAUUGGAAUUGCAUUUAUUUGAUUUAUCACAUAGAAUAAUUUAUAUGUUCAACAUGUGAUUAGUUAUAUCUACACAUACUGUACAAUAAAUCUGAAUAGUAUUGUAUAUAAUAGAAUUAAAAUUUAAAGUAAGUAUAAUUAUAUUAUAUUUUUAGUACUAUAAGAGCCGGUUUUUUUCAAAAAUAUAUGUGAUAUUUAAAUAA